UUUCUGGAAAAUGAAUUAGAUAUGUCUCAUUUGACAUGUAGGAAAUGCAUUUCUUUAUGACAUAAAUUAUAGUGUUUUAUAUUUGCAUAUAUUUUUAAGGACGAUGUAGUUUAAUAUCUGAACAUUAAGACAUACAUAAAUUACCAUGACAUAUGUUACAAAAUACAGUAGAGAAAGAAAAAAUUAUAUGAAAGUUCAGUCAGAAGAAAUUGCUUAGCGUUUUCUUUUUGUAUAUGCAUGGGGGGAAAGGACAUUUACUGUAUAAGUGAAGCAGAGAUGAUAUGGAAAUGCAUUUUGGGUAAAAGAAACCCAGGACCAAGCAUAGAGUUUGAGUCUUAUGAGACAGUGCAUAUUUUUGUUUUCCUGAAAAGCGAGGCACAGACAUUUUGGGAUAUUGGUGGAGAGGAGGGAGAAAUGAGUAAGGAGAAAUUAAGAGAAUAAUGGAAAGACCAAAGAAGUUGAAUUCUAUUUGGAGUCAGCGGGGAGCUACUAAAACAUUUCUGAGUACAGGUCUGACAUCAUUUAAGUUUUACUUGGGAAAAUUCACUAAUUUUUGUACUUGUGUUAAAAUGUAUUUGAUAUUUGUUUUAAAUAGAUAUGGUAAAACAUCCAGUAGGAAAGUGAUUGUCAUAAAGGAAGAAGUUUUUACUUUUAGAUAAAAGAGGAGAAAGAAAGAAGGAUGCCAUUCCAUUAAGGGGCCUACCCAAAGGAAGGACUAAGAUUGCUGGUACCAAUUCAGCUGUAGCCUGGAGAAUAUACAUACACUUUGAGAAUUAUUUCUGAAAUCCGAAGGAGCUGUGACUAAUGAAAAUCAAAGGCCAUGGAUGAAGAUGAGCUUGAAUUGCAGCCACAAGAACCAAACUCAUUUUUUGAUGAAAUAGGAACUGAUGCUACAUACAUGGAUGGUGAUCAAAUUGUUGUGGAAGUUCAAGAAACUGUUUUUAUUUCAGAUAUUGUGGAUUCAGAUAUAACUGUACAUAACUUUGUUCCUGAUGACCCAGACUCAGUUGUAAUCCAAGAUGUUAUUGAGGAUGUUGUUAUUGAGGAUGUUCAGUGCUCAGAUAUCUUAGAAGAAACAGAUAUAUCUGAAAAUGUCAUCAUUCCUGAGCAAGUCCUUUAUUCAGAUAUAACUGAAGAAGUUUCUUUAGCACGUUGCACAGUCCCAGAUGAUGUUUUAGCUUCCGACAUUACUUCAGCCUCAAUGUCUGUGCCAGAAUACGUCUUGACAAGUGAAUCUAUACAUGUGUCUGACAUUGGACACGUUGAACAUGUUAUUCAUGAUAGUGUAGUAGAAGCAGAAAUCAUCACUGACCCUCUGACAACUGACAUAGUUUCAGAAGAAGUAUUGAUAGCAGAUUGUGCCUCUGAAGCAGUCAUAGAUGCCAACGGGAUCCCUGUGGACCAGCAAGAUGAUGACAAAGGCAACUGUGAGGACUACCUUAUGAUUUCCUUGGAUGAUGCUAGUAAAAUAGAACAGGAUGGUUCCUCUGGAAUUACUAUUGAUGCAGAAUCAGAAAUCACUUCUUGUAAAGUGGAUGGCACUUGCCCUGAAGUCAUCAAAGUGUACAUUUUUAAAGCCGACCCUGGAGAGGAAGACUUAGGUGGCACUGUAGAUAUUGUGGAGAGUGAGCCUGAGAAUGAUGAUGGAGUUGAACUCCUUGAUCAAACUAACAGUAUUCAUGUGCCAAGGGAGAAGAUGGUUUAUAUGACUGUCAGUGACUCUCAGCAAGAAGAUGAAGAUUUAAAUGUUGCCGAAAUUGCUGAUGAAGUUUAUAUGGAAGUGAUCGUAGGAGAGGAGGAAUCUGCUGUUGCAACAGCAGCAGCCACUGUGCAUGAAACAGCCGAUGACAAUGAAAUAAAAACCUUCAUGCCAAUAGCAUGGGCAGCAGCUUAUGGUAAUAAUUCUGAUGGAAUUGAAAACCGGAAUGGCACUGCAAGUGCCCUCUUGCACAUAGAUGAGUCUGCUGGGCUUGGCAGACUGGCUAAACAAAAAACAAAGAAAAGGAGAAGACCUGAUUCCAGGCAGUACCAAACAGCAAUAAUUAUUGGCCCUGAUGGACAUCCCUUGACUGUCUAUCCUUGCAUGAUUUGUGGGAAAAAGUUUAAGUCGAGAGGUUUUCUGAAAAGGCACAUGAAAAACCAUCCUGAACACUUAACCAAGAAGAGUUACCAUUGUACUGACUGUGAUUUCAUUACCAACAAGAAGGUAAGUUUACACAAUCACAUGGAGAGCCACAAGUUGACCAGCAUGGCAGAGAAGGCCAUCGAAUGCAAUGACUAUGGGAAGCAUUUCUCUCACACUGGGACUUUGUUUACUCACAAAGUGAUGCAUAAGGAAAAAGGAGCCAACAAAAUGCACAAGUGUAAAUUUUGUGAAUACGAGACAGCUGAACAAGGGUUACUGAAUCGCCACCUUUUGGCAGUCCACAGCAAGAACUUUCCUCACAUUUGUGUUGAGUGUGGUAAAGGUUUUCGUCACCCAUCAGAACUCAAAAAGCACAUGCGAAUUCAUACUGGGGAGAAGCCGUACCAGUGCCAGUUCUGCGAAUAUAGGUCUGCAGACUCUUCUAAUUUGAAAACGCAUGUUAAAACUAAGCAUAGUAAAGAGAUGCCAUUCAAAUGUGACAUUUGCCUUCUGACUUUCUCAGAUACCAAAGAGGUGCAGCAACAUGCUCUUAUUCACCAAGAAAGCAAAACACACCAGUGUUUGCAUUGCGACCACAGGAGUUCCAACUCAAGUGAUUUGAAACGACACAUAAUUUCAGUUCACACUAAGGACUACCCCCAUAAAUGUGACAUGUGUAGUAAAGGCUUUCACAGGCCCUCAGAACUCAAGAAACACGUGGCUGCUCACAAGGGUAAAAAAAUGCACCAAUGUAGACACUGUGACUUUAAGAUUGCAGAUCCAUUUGUUCUAAGUCGCCAUAUUCUCUCAGUUCACACAAAAGAUCUUCCAUUUAGGUGUAAGAGAUGUAGAAAGGGAUUUAGGCAACAGAGUGAGCUUAAAAAGCAUAUGAAGACGCACAGUGGCAGGAAAGUGUAUCAGUGUGAGUACUGUGAGUAUAGCACUACAGAUGCCUCAGGCUUUAAGCGACAUGUUAUUUCCAUUCAUACGAAAGAUUACCCCCACCGUUGUGAGUAUUGCAAGAAAGGGUUCCGAAGACCUUCAGAAAAGAACCAGCACAUAAUGCGACAUCAUAAAGAAGUUGGCCUCCCCUAACAGUACUUCUACAGAUGUUUGUAAAAACAUUGGCCUUGAAACAGAAAAUUCAUUUAAAAGUCUCAUCCACAUAUAAUACUGUAUAUUAAUUUAUGCUGUGUAAAAAUAGGAUUAUUGCUUCUAGUUGACUUCUUAACAUUUUAUUCAGUAGGGUGCUCUGUAUCCUAUUCGGAUUGUUUAUUCAAUGGAGAAAAGUAGCAAUAAUGAAGUUGCUUUUAUUAAAAUAACCUCUAAUUCUAUGCUGAAUUUUUCAGUAUUAGACAUUUUACUAUUUAACUUUACUCACCGUGAUGGUACUCUUCUAAGACUAUUUAAGAUUAAAAAAAAAAACAAAACCCAUGAGAUUGGUAACUUUAAAAAUAAUCAUUUUGACUCAUUUUCUUC